ACGAACAUAUUGAUGAUCUUGAGUAUCACGUGGAUUUACCAUCUCUAUAUAAUAGAACGGAUGGGAAAGAGACGACCAUUUGAACGCUUAUGCUAAUUAUACUACUUGAAGUAAAGACACAGAUUGAUCUUCCGUACACUUCUUUCUCCGACUUCCGGUAUAUCCAGUCUCCUAUAGCAGUCUGAUAAGCCAUAUAUCAGACGAACAAGUAUUGCUGGGAGAUAUGGCUUGACAUAUAUCACUCUCUAACUUUUUCAUUCAUAUGCCGUUCGUUUCCGUCUCUACAUUAAUACACUUUUGGAAGACUGGACAUAGCGAUCAUGGAAGCCAAAGCUCUUGUACGUCAAAACCCAUCAUUCCAAUGGAUGGAAUAUGUCAUCCUGACAUUGAGCCUAGCAAACGGAGUUGAGCAUAGACAAGUGCAGCACUAGAGAGGAAGCUCUAAAAGUUGCUAUCGCAGCUAUUGAGUUAUACAUGAAGGCAUCGAAGCAGGUAACUGGGGAUGCAGAAAAGGCAAGGAUCACGCGCAAGUGCAAGGCGUUGGUGGUGAAGGCGGAAGAGAUUAAGAAGUCAUCUACUUGGCCUUUGAAGCCAUCUGCCAUUUUCUCGGACGCCCCAGUGUCCGAUCGAACUUUAAGCAAACAUGAAGAAAUCAUUUUACUCGAGGGAUCGAAAUUACAUGGAUUCAUUUUCCCACGUUGGACCUCUGAGCCUGAUAAUACGGUAUUCGAAACAUCCUCAUAUACGUACGUCGAGCCAAGAUGGAUAGGUUUUUAUUUGGCCGCUUACUGACUCUGAUAGAGAUCCCUCGGAGCUAAAACUUUCCGAGGCUCAAAUUGAAACCUUUGCAGGCUGGAAGAGGCCACACGAGAGGGAUGAUAUCCCUUUCCAAAGGUUUCAAGACGUGGAAGACGCUUUGAUGAAUGCGUCUAAAGACAUUGACCUUGUUCAGGACAUAACUACGGAUUGUUCAGUCGUAGCCAGUCUCUGUGCAGCGACGGCGCGGGCUGGAAAGGGUCACAGUAAGGUAUAUCUUAAAUUUCCUUUCGACUAUACUUCAAGCUACUAACUAUGUCUAAUAGGUACUAGCUACUAUUCUACGUCCAUUUGAUGUAAAGAGUCAGAGGCCGAGGUCAUCUAAAAAUGGAAAAUAUGUUCUGCGUCUUCAGUUCAAUGGUUGCUAUAGAAGAGUAACAAUAGACGAUCGGCUGCCAGCUUCAAGUUCGGCACGGAAUCUUCAUGUUGUCGAUAGAAACAAUCCCAUGUUACUAUGGCCUGCAUUAGUAGAAAAAGCAUACUUGAAGGUCCGAGGCGGCUAUGACUUUCCAGGCUCGAACUCUGGCACAGAUUUAUGGAUAAUGACUGGAUGGAUCCCUGAGCAAAUAUUUUUACAGAGGUACUAUACACGCUUUUCUUAAUUGUGAGCUAUGCUGACUGAGUUGGCUUACCACAGUGAUGAGAUUCAAUCUGAGUUGCUGUGGAAACGUAUCUUUAAGUCCUUUGAGUUCGGUGAUGUCAUGAUUACGUUGGGGACUGGUAAGCUGAGCAGAAGAGAGGAGGCUGAUUUGGGCCUGGUUGGUGAGCAUGACUACGCGAUUCUGGACAUGAGAGAACCUGGAUCUCAACGAUUAUUACUCGUCAAAAAUCCUUGGUGCGAUGGCAUGGCUUGGAAAGGACCCAGACGCAGACCAGCCGGGGAAGAAUCAGAAGGGACUACUUGGACAGGAGACCUCCGACAAUCACUCGAGGAGACUGGCGGCCAGAACAGCUCUACAAAACCAGGGACUUUUUGGAUGGCUUUAGAGGAUGUAAUACAAAAUUUCGAAUCCUUGUACCUCAAUUGGAAUCCUGGACUUUUUCGUUAUAGGCAGGAUCAUCAUCUUUCCUGGACUAUCCCGCAUGUCAACACCAUCGGGACAUUUACUCAAAACCCACAAUACGUUGUCCAGUCCUCUCGAGGAGAAACUAUUUGGGUACUACUUAGCCGGCAUUUCCUCACAGAAGAACACGAUAUUGCUCAAGGUUCAAGCACGCAAAGCAUCGCAUCAAGUUCCCUCGGCUUCAUCAGUCUCUACGUCUUUGACGCCUCCGGCCACCGCGUCUACUUGAGCGAUGGCGCUCUCCACCGCGGUGCCUACGUUGAUUCUCCCCAAACUCUUGCUCGUUUCGAACUUCCCGCAAACACACCUUACACUGUCGUAGCCGCCCAGCAGAAUCUCCCACUUCCAAAAUACUCCUUUUCAUUUUCCUUCUUCUCCCGCUUCCCUCUUAAUAUCCAUUCCGCCCCCGACAGCUUCACCUUCAGCACCUCCAACAACGGUUCCUGGACCACCCGCACAGCAGGCGGCAACGCCAGCUCACCCUCCUACCCUUCCAACCCUCAAUUCAGCAUUUCCGUCCAAGAACCCACAGACAUGAUGCUUGUGCUCGAAGCCGACAGAGAAGACAUCGCCGUCCACGUAACCAUGAUAUGGGCCAACGGCGAACGCGUCACGGUAAUAAACUCCCGCGACAUAGUCGGCGGAUCUGGCGACUAUCGACGCGGCUGCGCCCUUGCCGAACUACGUAACGUUGCCGCAGGAAAAUACACAAUCGUAUGCUCCACCUUCCAGGCCGGCGAAACGGGAAACUUCAUCCUGCGCGUCAAAUCAUCCAAGCGCUGUGAGAUCCGACCUGUCCUCGCCGAAACAGCCGGACGUCUCGUAACGCGCUUACCGACCCUCAUCUUCCAAGAAGGUAUCGACAGAAUGUUAGCACCCGUAACCGUCACCCGCCUAACCCGUCUAAGAUUCGUCGCAAAAGCAGGAAACAGCGUCAAUCGACCCACCCCCUCCAAAUCCCGACCAGGUCUCCGAUUAAGCAUAGAACAAGGUCAAGGACCUAAUAAAACCCUCCUUGAAUCUUCCUGCGAUGGAGAAUUCAGCGAUGCUCCUGCGGGUAUUCGUACUUCCGAUCGAGAUAUCUCGCCGGAUAUGAUGCUCAAGGGGGGGAUUUGGGUAGUGCUUGAGCGGUUGGGUGGAAGAUUGGGUUUUGAUGAUGUUUGCGUGGAAGCGUUGAGUGAUUCUCAGGUUUCUAUUGGGGUUUGGGGGACGGGUGAUGGGUGAUGGGUGAUGGGUGAUGGGUGAUGGGUGAUGGGUGAUAGGGUAGUCGUAGUGGAAGUUUGA